AAUUAUAACUUUUGUGCAAAUGUACAAAAAUAUUUGAAUUCGAAAGAAAACAAAAAUAUUAAAUUUAUAAACGGCUGUGUUGAAAUGUGAACAAAAUGUCUGUAUAUUAUUGAUAAAAGUUUGAAAAAUAAUUGAUACCUACUUGGUGAAAUCAUAUUGCUAAAUGUUUCUUUUUAUUUCUUGUAAUUAAAUUAGAAUGAUGGUCCAUCUUGACAUUUUUAUAGUGAAAGUAUUACUUGUUCUAACUAAUAAAAAAUAAACUUAUAUUUCUGACAUUAACUAAUGUUAAAAUUGAAACGAAGAAUUAUCAACUAUUUAAACACGGUUUUCCCGCCAUUUUAAUAUUUCUUUGAAAAUACUUCUGCGCUACCUAGCGGCAUUUAAAAAAUACUAGAAAGCUUGUAAACGUGUAUAAGAGUGUCUUUAAAAAUCACUUUACAAAAAUAAGGAAAACAACAAAAUAAAUAUUUCUCUAUUAUUAGCAUUAAAAUAUUUUGUUUUUUUUUUAAGAUCUUAAUCUUCAAUUUUAAUGCUAAAAAAGUUUGCAUCAGUGAUAACGCCACUUCAAAUAAUUACUAACAAAAAUUUCUAAUUUCAAUUUUAUAAUACAAUUUUUUAGGACACCCUGUAUAUUAAGAGGAAUUUAAAAAAGAUUUAGUAAAGGUAUAAAAUAUUUAAAGAAACUGCAAGCUAGCAAAACCAACAGUUGAACAGAUACAGUCAACGUAUGAAUACGGAAAUAGAAGUUUCUGUUGUGUGUUAUCACUACCGGAAAUUAUAAGUUCAUUUGAUUAUUUUGAAAAAGUUGAUCUUAAAUAAGCAAGUAUUUAAAAUAGAAUAUUGCAAAGAAAUGAGUAUAAAUCCUUUAAGAUGGAGAACCAGAACUUUGAUAUCUACUAUAAUAACAAUUAUUAUUUUUUAUUUCAUUUUUAUUCAUAAGAAAUCUGAUCGAAUACAAAGUGUUGGUAUUAUAAAAGACGUACAUCCCGCUAAAGUAUGGGAAUUUGUAGCAGAUUUUAGCAAUAUGAAAUUAUUGAAUUCACUAAUAGUUAACUUUAACAUCAUCGCCGAAAGUGGAAAUUAUGAUCAUUGGCAAUAUUCCGUAGAAUAUACCGAAUAUUUACGUUAUUUUCCACUUAUAAAGAAUGUCGGUGUUGGCCAUUUCUCUAUAAGAAAUGAAAAUGGCAUAUAUUUAAUAAGUUCGAAUCACAAUACUUGUUUCUUUUGGUUCCUAUGUGUUAAAUCAACGUCAGAAUUUAAAUUUGAAAAAGAUGAGGAAAAAAACACCAGAUGCACCGAAAACGUGGAAUAUCAUUGUCCAAUUACGUUUAAAUUUUUAUGUGACAAAGAAGUUACAGAACAACGAAAAGAAAUAAUGAAUCGAUUAAAGGUAGCAUUUUCAAAAUGAAAUAAUUACCAAUCUCGAUUAUUCUUUU